AUGCAGUUCAAGAACAUCGCCCUCCUCGCCGCUGCAGCAAGCACAGCAGCUGCUGAAUUCGUCAUCAUAACAUCCACGCCCGUCCCUACCAACCUCGCCGUCCUAACGGACGUUGACAACUACGUCUCCUCGCUCGAGAACUUCGUCACCUCGCGCCUCGCCUCCCUGACCCAGGGUUCCGCGCUCUCAGCCGCAGCUUCAGCCCACAAGGGCCUAGCCUCCUUUGCCGCAACCGCCAGCUACUCCAUCCCCAGCGAGGUGACUGCGAUCGGCGAGGUUGAGACGUUUUCUGCUACGCCGGCUUGGUACAGCGCGCUGCCCAGCGAUGUCAAAAGCUACUAUGACAAGUUCAAUCAGGAAGUUCAGGCACUGAUUGUCGAGGCUGUUAAUGGCCCGAAUGCGACGGCGUCGACAACGGGACAGGCGUCGAAGAGCUCGGGUGCUAGUGGAACUGCAGGACCUAAGGAGACAGGUGCGGGUUCGCAGAACAUGGUGGGAUUGGUUGGGGCUGGUGUUGCGGCGGCGUUUGCGGGGGUGAUGGCUUUGUAA